GACCAUAUUUUCAAUGUGCUUGCUAUAAAGUAAAAAAAAAAAAAAUGUUCAAGCCUAUCCGAGAAUCGGUGUUCUUUAAUGAUCCGUGCCGGAGCCAAACUCCUCAGUCCCGUCGACAGAGAACACUACGGCACUAGUUAGAAGCCACGAAGCAGCAGUUCGUAUCGGAUGGACUUCGCCAGGAAGCCCAUACAAUCUGCAGGAAGAAUGGCCUUCCGAAUUGCGCGGAGCAGGAGCAAGAGUACUGCUCCUGAGAAAAUCACGUCUUCUUCCUCCGAGGAUCUUAUGAGAAUGGAACAGCAGCAUGGUGCUCACAACUACCAUCCAAUUCCUAUGGUAUUUUCUCAAGCUAAGGGCACUUUUAUAUGGGAUCCUGAAGGAAACAAGUACAUUGAUUUUCUCUCAGCAUACUCAGCCGUUAAUCAGGGACAUUGCCAUCCAAAAGUUAUGAAGGCCCUAGUGGAACAGGCUCAAAGGCUCACUCUCAGUUCAAGGGCAUUUUAUAAUGAUAAAUUUCCAAUCUUUGCGGAGUACGUGACUAGUCUAUUUGGAUACGAUAUGGUGCUGCCUAUGAAUACUGGUGCUGAAGGUGUGGAAACUGCCUUAAAGUUGGCACGGAAAUGGGGUUAUGAAAAGAAAAAAAUUCCCAAAGAUGAGGCUAUCAUAGUCUCCUGUUGUGGAUGCUUUCAUGGUCGGACAUUGGGUGCAAUAUCAAUGAGCUGUGACAAUGAUGCAACUCGUGGUUUUGGUCCCUUGGUUCCUGGUCAGCUGAAGGUUGAUUUCGGUGAUGCCAAUGCUCUGGAGAAAGCAUUUAAAGAGCAUGGAGAUCGGAUAUGUGGAUUUUUGUUUGAACCCAUUCAAGGUGAAGCGGGAGUUAUACUUCCACCAGAUGGAUAUUUAAAGGCCGUGAGGGAUCUCUGUUCUAGUUACAACAUUUUAAUGAUUGCUGAUGAAAUACAAACCGGCGUUGCCCGCACCGGAAAAAUGCUUGCUUGCGACUGGGAAAACAUUCGGCCUGAUGUUGUGAUCUUAGGGAAGGCAUUGGGUGCUGGAGUGGUACCUGUUAGUGCUGUUCUUUCUGACAAGGAUGUCAUGCUUUGCAUCAGACCCGGAGAACAUGGAAGCACAUUUGGUGGAAAUCCUUUAUCAAGUGCUGUUGCAAUCGCUGCAUUGGAAGUUAUUGUUGAAGAAGGGCUUAUAGAAAGGGCUGCUGCUCUGGGUUACGAAUUUAGGAGUCAGUUAGUGAAGGUUCAGCAGCAAUUUCCCCAAAUUAUAAAUGAAGUUCGAGGGAGAGGCCUACUCAAUGCAGUAGACCUUACGAGCGAAGCCCUUUCUCCAGUAUCUGCUUAUGACUUAUGCCUUAAACUGAAGGAAAGAGGCAUCCUUGCCAAGCCUACGCAUGACACAAUAAUUCGUCUCGCUCCUCCACUCUGUAUAAGUCAUGAACAGCUUAGUGAAGCAUCAAAGGCUUUGAAAGAUGUCCUGGAGAUUGAUCUGCCGAAGAUGCGGAAGCAAAAGCUGAAUGGCGAUGCACCAACUCCUAAGCAAGCUUGUGACAGAUGCAGGCGUGUGAGGUAAGUUUCCUGCAACGAACACGGAGUUUAUGAAAAUGAUGAGCAGUCAAAUUAUUUAGUACAAAACAAAGUCUCAGGCAGUUCCUUUGUAGAAUGUAGAUUCUUUCUCUAUGGAGCUCACCAAAGGUUAUUGAGAACUAGCAUUUGUAGCGCAUGGAAAACAGUCAUUAAAGCUUUCUUAUAUGUUCAGAUUGUAGCAUUGGCAUUUUAUAGAAGUCUGUCGUGUUCUUGAGUUGAAAGAUUAUCAUAAUUGUGCACACAACAAUCAGAAUCAUUUCAGGGUGUUGAAUUUAACCAUAAAUA